AUGGAGGAAAUUACGCAAAAUGCACAAUUUUUGUCCGAAAAGACCCUGCAAGAGAUCGCUAAGGGCCCAUUAGUUAAGUUUACCGUGUCAAAUGAUGACAGCGAGAAGGUGAAUCGGGUUUGGCAGUCACUCAUUCAGACAGCAUCGAACCCGUCUUUGUCUAAUCAGCAUACAGCAGCAGCCUACCACGCUGUUUCAGCUUUCAUUGAUGCUGCUGCCAAUUCGAAACAUGAAUGUACCAAGCAAUUGGCCCUGAAAUCCGAGACUUGGCUGGCAAUAUUCGAUAUCUUCUUGAGCCGCUACGAAGAUGCCAAGCCCAAGCCCUUGAAGCAGCUAAUAGGGUCCCUCACGACUAUCUUGGUCAAACAUUACCGGGGUGAGCAGAGAAAUACUAUUCAGCAGACUGUUGCAAAAGCAAUUCUGCCCAGUGUUGUCCUUGGUGAACCCCGUUCGCGGCUGAAGGGUUCCCUUGUCUGUUUGGAGAUCUUCCUCCGCAAGGGAGCCAUUUUGCCCUCGGAGUUGAUCUCGUUAUUGCAGGUUUGGCUUGGAGAAAACCGCGAAAAAUGGUUAUCGGUAUUUGAAAAGGAUCACGAGGCCCUAUACCCCGAAACCUCUGAUUUUUCCACAAUCUCAGCCGGGGUUCCAUCGGAGGAACUGGCUACAAAGAUCUUUAUCCUCGGUCUCUUGACUCAAACCAACAAUCGUCAAAUGUCUGGGACAAGUGGUAGUGUGUUGGCCGCUUUCUUGCAAAAAUUGAAGGGCAAGACUAUGACUCGACAGGUAUCCAAUCUCUGGGUGGGCCCCGUUCGACACAUCCUUCUUCAAAAUACGGAUAACUUGGAGGCACUGUCGGCUCAAAUCCUUCACCCUUUGUUCACCGCUGAUCCGCAUGGUUUCAUGUCUUUCGUGGAAGCCCUUCCAUUGCAAAGUCUCCUUGCGGGUGACAUGGCCGAUGCCGGACAGUCAGAAUAUAUGCUUCUUUUUGCAUCUUUGCAAAUGGGAAAGAAGGCGAACCUUGUGCACGAGGAUUAUGAUUCAUCGAAGCAAAACACAUCUAAAGAAGGCCCUCGGAAACUAGUGUUGGACAGCCAGGUUAUUGGCAAAUUUUUGCUUCACCGAGAGUCCAGUAUCAGAAUUGCUGCCUUGUCUCUACUCGUCACAACGUUUUCCACUAUUAAGCCCUUUACAACAGCUGCGACUGCUGCCCUUUUGCAAGCACUCCCAUCUAUGCAUGCCGACUCUGACUCGUACACCAGAGGCGAGAUCAUGAGCUUAACGCGCAAGGUCAUCAUCCGUCUAAAGAGUGGUGUUCUGAAAAAGCAGGAUAUGUCAGACGCAGCUGUGCCAGCGACCAGCAAAGAUCCUUCGGGCUGGGUCCGGAGCGAUGACGAGACAAAGGAAUUUUUGAGAAGAUACGUCGAUUUCCUUCAGAGUGAUUUGGUGGUGACGGCCUCCUACCCACGUCACGCCAGUUCCUUGAAAGCUCUCAACCUCCUGUUGCAGUCUGGUCUCGAUCCUCGGACCAACAUUCCCCCUCUCAAGUCCGAAGUCGAGACCCGCUGGAAGCUGCAUAUCGAUGUAUUUAACCCCCUUUUGCUUCGAUUGCUGGUGGAUCUCCUUCUCGAUCCCUUCGAAGAAGUCCGACAAACAUCGCUUUCGAUUAUCAAUCUCUUUCCUCGGCAGAUUUUGCUGAGUGGAUUGAUUGAUGCAGCUGAGCGACAGCCGACAAUUGGUACGCGAUUGACCGAUGCCCUGGCUCGUGCGGAGAGUAUUGCGAGUAAAACGAGCCGGGCCGACAACGCCGACACUGUCGCUCGGCUGUACCACAUUCUAUUCUGUGCUGCUGGCAACACUGAGAAUGGUGCAGAUUGGUGGGCAACAAAGCAAUCAGUGGUUGAUACCAUUUUGACUAAGUUGGAAGAAAGACUUCUAUCUUCCAAUGGUCUCUUCAAUUCUACCAUGCGCGAGGCUCCCCUUCACGGAUAUAUGUCCGGACUUAGAUAUAUUGUUCUUAUGCCAAAAUUCUUUUCGUUGCUCUCACCAGAGUCCGAUUCCACCGCCUGGAGAUCUGUCCAUGACCGGAUUGUUGCCAUUUGCGACAAAGUCUGGCAGGAGGUCAAGCCCGUGUUAUGCAUUGACUCUCCCGAAGGACACACCGAUGAGCCGCUCGAAGAUCUCUCAGUGGGACCGAAGGAUAUUCUUUCUUACUCCUGGAGAGCUCUGCGCGAAUCGAGUCUGCUGCUUCACGCUACUCUGUUGAAUACCACCUAUGGGCCAGAUGGGAGCAAUGGGCUUCAGCUUGCUGAUUUCGAGAACGUUGGCAAGGCCAGUUUCACACAACUAGCCGAGUUGCGUCACCGAGGUGCCUUUUCCACGGUCUCACAGACGUUCGCUACAUGCUGCCAGCGGUGUAGCGACUCGAAAGACGCUUCUAUCCAAGAAUUGCCGAAGGGGUGGUACCGGGAGGCCAAAGCAACCAUUUUUGAGUCGGCUGCGAAACUCACCCGAAGAUCCGCUGGUUUGCCUGCGCUGGUUACGGGCAUUCUCGUUUCUAGCCCCGGAACACCGUUCUUCAAGCAGGCCUUGGGUGAGCUUCACGAGAUUUCACGUCUGCCUGUAGAGUACGACAAGGAUCAGCAGUAUCGGGAGCUUCCCCAGGUCCACGCUAUGAACUGCCUGAAAGAAAUUUUCACCAACACCAAACUGGGUCCAUUCACGGAGGACUUCAUCAUGCCAGCGUUGACUUUGUCUGCUGAGCGUUUGGGAUCACCUAUAUGGGCACUCCGAAACUCUGGAUUGAUGCUCUUCCGUUCCCUGUUAAUCCGAAUGUGCCGACUAGUUCCCGGUGUUGGAGCUGGCUUUGGUGGCAGUUCUGGAUCAGAACCAGGGUCCAAGAUCUCUUUCCCUAAAUAUCCUGGUCUGCUGGAACUGUUGUCAAAGCUUCUCGCAUCUACACAAGGAACUGUAACAGAAGGCACCGACAUUGUUACAGAGCGGAUUUUCCCUGCCCUUGAAUUGAUCGGAGAGAAGAUUCCCACUUUUCCCGACAAUUAUGACACUCUGCUUUGCGAUCUUGUCCUCGAGCAUCUGAAGAGCCCCGUUUGGGGAAUCCGAGAACACGCAGCUCGUGUCUAUGCCUCUUUGUUAACCCGGACAGACAUCCUUAAGGAUGUGCGUCAUCUUGUUGAUCUUCUCCAGAGCAACGUCACCGAGAAUUAUGUUCAUGGCACUGCACUUUGUGUCAGAUACUCUCUGCGCAGAUUCGCAGCUACAACGGAUGUGUUCUGGAAUUCACACGCCGAUGAGAUUCUCGCUACUAUCCGCUACGUUUUAGCGACUGUGUUCCCAACCGCCAGGUCUCCUUUCACUGCAACCGUGCUCGUGGAUAUCUUGAAUGAUACUCUUGAGCGAAGCUUUGAGGCUGGAAUUGAAGACCGAAUUGCUCCGUUCAUCAAUAAGAUCUGGGCGGAACUCGACAUUGAUGGCAUUGUUAGCUACAUCUUCGAUGCAUCGAAGGUAGGAUGGAAACUUGAAAGCAAGACUCGGGCAUCCUCCCUUCUUAGGAGAGCACUCUCAUGGUGCACGGUGCUGAAAAUGCUUGCUCUAGAGCGGAACGGAAUCUCCGAAUUCUGUCAUGGUGUUUCGCUCUUCGAUGCCGAUGCCGCGACUUGGAUCCUCGAACAACUGGAAGAAAAGCUUGACAAGGUCGAAAGACUCCGGAAACCUCUGGUCGACCUGUAUUCAUUUGUCAUCUUGAAUGAUGGCCCGGCAUCGGCAAAGACAGUGGCUGUCUCCAAUCUCGCAUCCAUUUUGGAAGAGCUGCUGUCUUCUCAAGCAGAUGUGAUCCCAGGACUUGCAUUGCCUUGUGAUAAUCUAGUCAAAAGCUUCCGACCGGAGGCGGAUAUCAAGUCAUGGAACAGACACGCCACAGACGGCGCACUUCGUCUUCAGGGAUGCCUUCUUGCAAUCAGAGGUUCCUCAAGUGAAGGACACCCCCUUUCGUCAGUCAAGCAGGACAUUCAGGGCUGGAUUGUGAAGCUGCGCUCUGCACUCGGCGAGGAAACCGAAUUUACGACCCGUUUUGCAGCGGUGCAAUCACUCCAUAGCUUUGCUCGGUCCUUGCGUCCAGUUGGAGGUUCUCCUCGCACAGACGCCUCGUUACUGGACAUCUACUUGAUCUUGUACGACAUGUUGAAUGACGAUGAUGAAGAACUGCGAGACAUUUCCGCAUCUUCUGCUUCGUGGGUGCUUUCAUACUCCGAGGUCUCGCCCGACGCAGCUGUCGCCCUUGGCCCACUGAACGCGAGCGCCCUUCUGGCCGAGUUCAUCGUCAAACACUACUCGGACUCUGUGCAGCUUACUCGGCGAGUGAUCCGCUAUCUCACUGGGCAAGAGCCUCGCAUCAGUGGAUCUGAUGAACAGACCCACCUCGUGGCCGUCUCGGACCUUGUCGCUGAGUACGGCCAGGAACGCACUGCGCUGUUCGUCGAAGAGAAGCAGAACCUGUUCAUUGACGAGGUACGCGAGAUAGAUGUCUGGUCUCCCGCACUUAAGCAACUGAGAAGAAACGCGUAUCCUGAAACUCUGGUGCGCCAGAUUUCUAGCUGGGUCUCUGAGGGAUUGGAGCAUCUGUCGGUGCACAUCGCUCAAGAUGCCGGGCGAGAUGGCCUGUUGGGUUGGAUAUCAAGGCCCGAGUCCUUUACACUAGGUGUUCGGCUCAUCAGCAUUUCAUCAAAUCUUGCAUCUCCGACAUUUGCGGCUCCGGAGUGGUUGGAUGUUGAGCCGCAAACGUUGAAAACGCAGCUUCAGUCGCUUCUCAGCGCUGGUCAAACCGCCGCGGUUCAUGACAACUGGCUGUUGAGGAUCCAGGCUGGGUUACUUUGGUAG